GUAACGUCGCGCGCGCCGCUGACGCACGUGCCAUUCGCGCCUGCGCCUGUGAUUUUAUAAUGGAUACAUCGAUGUUCCGUCGAGUCUUAUUAUUCACAAUCUUCCUGCAAGUGACACAGAAUGGACUGGUCCAUUCAGCCAAGCAGCAGGUUCAACUCUCUGACUCCUACCUGCCCGUCGCGAUGCAAGUAAUAGCCCAUCUUACGGACCAGAUGGCGUUCGAGGUCAAAGACGAUGUACCACCUGGUACCGCAACCACUACGACUAAGAAACCACCAACCACGACUAAAAAACCGUCAGUCACCCAAAGCCCACUAGACGUUACCACACCAUUCCACAAACCAGGACUGUACGCACCGCCAUCACCACCCAAACCUUCAGACCGAGUGAUACCAAAAUCACCAUCAUACGUCCUUCUACCCCUUGAAAACAAUUCACAAUACACGAUCAUAGAACCGCAAGAGAAGAGAACAGAAGAACCGCUUCUGGCAGCUCACAAUGAAGAAGUCAAACCUCUUCUGGAGCCUCUUCCAAACCUAUCUCAUCACCUUCUACCUUAUGAUACAGAUCUUAAGGUUUCCAGUCGUUCAGAUGGCUAUGAUGAAAUCAAUGAGGAGAACUUGCAAUAUUUAUCACAGAAUGUGAGAGAUAUGAUAAGAAUGGCUAACGAUCCUGAUGAUGAUAGACUCAUUGAUGUUUGGGAGGGGUUAAGGGGUACUGGGCCAAGUGAGGUCUCCACUAAAGGGAAGCUUUCAUCUUCUAACUUAAGGUUGCUUCUGCUGUAUGAUCUUCUGAGCAGAGACGCGAAGAGGCAGAGACUAUCCGAUUACAGUGGUUUCUCACCAGACGUCAUGAAGACCCUCGUAGACUCGUCAGACGGUGGCGCCAGGGCUCAGCUCAGUUUAGCCUUAUCCAAGAUGGUGGAGCGCCAUGACUGUGGUCAUGAGUACGCCAACAACCGGGCCAGGGAGAUGGUCGUAGAACUGGCGAAGGAUGAGUCUCUUCUAUCAUCAGAAUUGAGAUACCUCCAGCCCUUAGUCUAUAGAUACUAAAUUAUUAAGUCUGAUGUAUUCUUGUAACGAUUAAUUAUAAAUUUUAUAUUUUAUUUAAA